AUGUGCAAACUGUCUGCUGUAAGUGGAAAUGGGAAACAUGAAUUCUCCAUUUUCAUUCUCCCAAAAGCAACAUAAGUUACAGUGCCUACCUUGUCAAUGGCCUGACCAUAAAGACCAUAAAAGGAUUAAGGACAUUGUGCCAAGGAAACAUUCCUGUCGAAAGUAUAACCAUAGAGGAAGCACUUGGUGACUUCCUGACUCUUAUAACUAAAGUCAAGUCUUCUGAGCGACAUGAAAAUCAAAUAACUGUUUUAAUUGGUCAUAAUUCGGCAACGUUCGAUGUCCCUACUCUCCUAAGAAAUAGUGAUGAAAACUUCAAGGAUGGCAUUACUGACAUAAAUGUUUACUUUGCGGAUAGUCUACAUCUGAUGAAAAAACUGAUUAAAAACAAACAUAAAGCACUUGAGCUCGAUUCUAGUGGAUACUGCAAACCAAACCAAACCAAAGCAACUUUUACAACCAUUUGUUCAAGGAACAAUUUGACGCCCAUGAUGCUUUAG